CAGCUAAUAAUGGAACCACCAUGGCACCAUCUAGCAAUGCAUCCACUUCAGCAUCAGCUAAAAAUGGAACCACCAUGGCACCAGCUAGCAAUGCAUCCACCACAGCAUCAGCUAAUAAUGGAACCACCAUGGCAACAGCUAGCAAUGCAUCCACCACAGCAUCAGCUAAUAAUGGAACUACCAUGGCACCAUCUAGCAAUGCAUCCACCUCAGCAUCAGCUAGUAAUGGAACCACCAUGGCAACAGCUAGCAAUGCAUCCACCUCAGCAUCAGCUAAUAAUGGAACCACCAUGGCCCCAGCUAGCAAUGGAACUACAGCAUCACCAGUCAAUGUCCCUGCACUUGAGACAGACUUUACCCGGCAAGAAUGUGGUUCCUCAAAGCUCUGUGCAGAUGAACCCACAGAUUGUGAUCCCGCUACAGGAGACAAUUGCUUUUUCCUUUCUGCUAGGCAAGAAAAUGGCCAAACAUUCAACUUUGAGCUCUCAGGACAGUCAAGUGGAUACAUUGCUGCUGGCGUCUCAACGGCUGCAAGUCAGGCUGGUCGUCACAGAGCCUACAUCUGUGCAAACAACAACGGUGCAGUCCGUUUCUUUACUGGCUUUCUCGAUAAUUUGGAGCUAAAUACUACAGAGACGUUGGACUCAAGCAAUCAGCGGGGCAGAGUCAACAAUGGCAAAAUCCAGUGUAGAUUUACAGCUGUACUACCAGACACAAGUACCCGAGCAAGCGCCCAAUACUCUCUGUCGAUUACAACUGGACCUUACAAUGCUAGUUCUGGGCAGCUGGGAACACCGAGCUUCAGAGUACUGACACCUCUCACAAACAUCUCAGACCCUACAGCCAAUAUCACCAACUUGCUGGCCAACAACGGCACCACUUCCUCUGCUUAUGUGGUCACACCAUCACACUCAUUCUUGCCAGCUCUGCUGGUCACCGUGUGCAUGCUGGCUUUCACAGCAGUAUGAGGCAACUGACUCCCACCAUGUUGAAUAAAGGCAUAACUUCCCCAUAAA